AUGCGAUGGCGAAGAUAUGUACCUGUGAACAAGUGUUCUGAGCGAAUGGUCACGGCGACAAGGAGUUCAACCGAAGAACGAGGCAAUAUGCAAAACAGAAAGCAAACUCGCACCGUUCUGAAUCCCGAACAACUCCAAAUUCUAUCGGCGGCCUUGAACAAGGCAAUUUACCAAACGAAUGAAGCUAUUGCUCAGCUGGUCAAAGACACAGGGUUGACGUCUGCGCAGGUGAAGACUUGGUUCGACAAUCGAAGGCGAGUCUUGCGCCAAAACGAGUUUGAACGACAACGCAUCGCAGUCGAGCGACAUCACGGAGAUAGUUUCUACGACCCAAUCUAUGUGGAUUCAGACGCUGCAACCGACGAAAAUUCAUACAAAACCGUGCGCGAGCUUUGGGAAGACGAAUCAGCAAGGCGCCACAGUCGUAGUUUGGAUCCUUCUUCAGAGAUCCCGGUCGAUUUCAGCGGUUCUUCUCGAGGUUCAACCGGUAGCUGGGUAGCUGAAGCGAUUUACUGGGACGACGUUGUGAAGGAGCCGCCCACAGAUGACAUGGAGAAGGUAGAUGAAGACGAUUAUCUGGACCGAUGGGAAUACAAUCAGCCAGGGGACGAGUUUGAUGAUGGUGAUGUUGGCGAUGCUGUCUCGCAGAACGGCGAUCACUCCUCCGAAAGCAAAGAAGAAGAGGAAAUUUUGGAGUAA